GAAAAAGCAAAGCCCUUGAAAUGAAAAUUAAAAAGCCCACCUCUCAAACCCGUAGUCUCUUUUUGUAUAUAAUCUGGCCUUCUCCGGCGAUAUUCCGUUCCCGCAACCUAAGUAAUAUGAACAAUUUCACCAACCAAUGGACCCUCGAAAAUCUCUAUAACUUUUCCAUAUUUUCCCUUCCCAUAUUGUUUUAGGCGAAGCGAUCUGAUCUCCGUCACCCUCCCUUCGAUUUUCUGUCGGCGAGGUUAUGGUUUGUGCCGAUUCCCAACAAACACCACUAAACACCAUGGCGAUGGGACUCGAGAGAUCGAAGCCGCUUCACAAUUUCACCCUCCCCUUUUUGAAGUGGGGAAAUCAGAGGUAUCUCCGCUGUAUGAAAUUGGACUCCGAUGCCCCUCACACCGACGACGACGACGACCUUCCUCCCCCGGUCGAUCGCCGUCCUUCUUCCGCUCACCGGUUCAACUGCCGGAAGUUUCACACCGACAAGCCCACGUUAUUUAAGGAUUCCGCCAAGAGACCUAGGGCUUCUAAGUCCAAGAUCCACGAUAAUUACGAUGGCGAUGAAGAUAUAGCGGCGGUGAGAGAGAAACUCAUGAUUGAUCUAAAAACCGCUGCCGAUAGAAUGAAGGUCGCAUUCUGGAGAGAUGGAGUGGUCGACGAUGACGAUGGCGAUGACGGCGAUAUGACCAUCCCGGAGAAAAAAAUUCCGGCGGCGCCGCCGGCGGCGUCGGUGCCGGCACCGGAACCGGAGAAGGAGUUAAGACCGUGGAGUUUAAGGGUGAGAAAGGUUGCAUCGAAGGCUCCGAUUGAUACAAUUACCGAAGGUAAAGGCGGCGGCGGCGGUGGUAAAGUGUUGAAGAUCGAGAAGAGGUCGGAGAAAAAGCCGAUUCGUAAUUCGCCGUUGAGAAGCGGUGACGGUGGCGGUAGCGUGAAGUCUUCAGGGCGGCGGUUGGUAACGGAGAAGAAGGAAAGGGAGAAAUUCUCGGUAUCACUUUCCAAAAAGGAGAUCGAAGAGGAUUUUAUGGCUAUGAUUGAACGCAGGCCGCCGCGACGGCCCAAAAAGAGGCCCAGAAUUGUACAAAAUCAAAUGGAUACGCUUUUUCCAGGCUUAUGGUUGACGGAGAUCACCCCCGAUCUCUACGAGGUGCCGGAAAUCCAAGAAAACGGAAAGAGAUAGUAAGGAGAAGUGAAUGGAGAAGGAGGGUUAGAAGUUAGAGAACCGGCCGGCAACUUGCAACAACGCUGCUAAGCUUUAAAAUCCAUGGAUGAAGACGUAUGAUGAAGCUCCAUCUUCUGGAAUCGAGAAAUAAUUGCACAUUGAUUAACCAGUAGAGAGAUUUGUGUAUUUGUGUGUUUUGAUUCCAUGGGUUUGAGAACGCUAAUUCUUGUGUAUUAAUUAUAAUUACAUUUCAUUCU